UUCCGAAGAGGUUUGCAAUUUUGAACUCGUAAACUUUGUUGAGAAAUCAUCCAGCAAAAGCACAAAAUGGGUUCUGCUUUAAGUUCAUACAAAUCCAAGAGAAGAGAUAAGAAAGAGUACAAAAGGAAGCUGAGAGAGCAACUGAGAGAAUCGCAAGAAUAUAUAACUCGUCUCCAGGAACAGCUCCAGUGUGAAAAUGAAUUGCUUGAAGCUUUUCAAAGGUCACGCUUCGCUCAUAACGCAGAGCCUGGGACACAGAAGAAUCAGGCAGAUCGCGAAGCCAUUGAAAUGACGAAAGAAAUUGAAGCUUUGGAGCGAAAGCUUUUCUUUGAGCAAAUCGCUCUGAAUCUUACAGAAGAUAGAUGUGAUUUUCUGGAUAACAACUACCGUCUUCUUCACGACAAUGAGACAAACCUUCACUGGCAGAAGUCAUCCUGUCAAACAAACCUGGAAGCUUUGAAAAAGAAACAGGAGGCUAUUCAGUUCAGCCGGUUCAAAGACGAAAAUCCACUGGAGCAGUGGGUCGUUUGCUCGCUUCCUAAUCUUUACUUCGGAAGAGUUGAAACCCUAUCGUCAUGGCAUUAGUGUUCUCUUUGUUGAAAAAAUGAAAAUGAAAACAAUGUUGUGCCUUUCUUUUUAAAUAUUCUAAAUGAAAAUAUUUGUACUAGGUCGUAGGUGAAUCUUAAUGUACCGUCAUCAUAUGAUGUGAGAUGAAACAUUUUUUAUUGAAAUACCCUGUAAAAUUUAAUAAACUUAAGAUGAUUUUUUUGUUCG